CAUAAAUAAAGCCGCGCUCCCUUCCUUAGCUGCCAUUUAUUAAACUCCCUCGUAGAGGACGGAAACCCUCGCGUGCAAGUCGCAGCGAUCGCCCCCUCAUCGCGAGAUCGAGCGUGCCCUCCUCACCACACCAGGCGCGGCCAUGGAUCCGUACAAGCACCGCCCGUCGAGCCACUUCAACUCCCCCUUCUGGACAACCAACGCUGGGGCUCCUGUUUGGAACAAUAACUCUUCACUCACUGUCGGAAUCCGCGGUCCUAUCCUCCUUGAGGAUUAUCAUCUAGUUGAAAAAAUUGCACAGUUUGAUAGAGAACGCAUUCCAGAAAGAGUAGUUCAUGCCAGAGGAGCUAGUGCAAAAGGAUACUUUGAAGUCACUCAUGAUGUCUCUCAUCUGACCUGUGCUGAUUUCCUCCGUGCACCAGGAGUGCAGACUCCACUCAUCCUGCGUUUUUCAACUGUUAUUCAUGAACGUGGAAGUCCUGAAACCUUGAGAGACCCGAGAGGUUUUGCAGUGAAGUUCUACACAAGAGAGGGCAACUUUGAUAUGGUGGGUAAUAACUUUCCUGUGUUCUUCAUCCGUGAUGGAAUAAAAUUCCCUGACAUGGUCCAUGCUCUCAAGCCAAAUCCAAAGUCACACAUCCAGGAGAACUGGAGGAUUCUUGACUUCUUCUCGCACCACCCAGAGAGCUUGCACAUGUUUACUUUCCUCUUUGAUGAUGUUGGUGUUCCAUUGAACUACAGGCACAUGGAUGGUUCUGGUGUCCAUACAUUUACUCUUGUCAAUGCCCAAGGAAAAUCUACUUAUGUCAAGUUCCACUGGAGACCAACAUGUGGAGUAAAGUGUUUGUUGGAGGAUGAAGCUGUGACUGUGGGAGGAAAUAAUCAUAGCCAUGCAACCCAAGAUCUUUAUGAUUCUAUUGCUUGUGGAAAUUUCCCAGAAUGGAAGCUUUUCAUCCAGACAAUGGAUCCUGAGCAUGAGGAUAGAUUUGACUUUGAUCCACUUGAUGUUACCAAGACAUGGCCAGAGGAUAUCUUUCCUCUACAGCCAGUUGGUCGCAUGGUCUUGAACAAAAACAUUGACAACUUCUUUGCUGAAAAUGAGCAGCUUGCCUUCUGCCCAGCAAUUAUAGUUCCUGGAGUCUAUUAUUCAGAUGAUAAGUUACUUCAGACUAGAAUCUUCUCUUAUUCUGACACCCAGAGGCACCGUCUAGGACCAAACUAUUUGAUGCUCCCAGUAAAUGCCCCAAAGUGUGCUCAUCAUAACAACCACCAUGAAGGAUUUAUGAACUUCAUGCACAGAGAUGAGGAGGUGAAUUACUUCCCUUCCAGGUAUGAUCCUGUUCGACAUGCAGAGAGGUUCCCUAUUCCAUCCAGUGCUGUUACAGGAAGGCGUGAGAAAGCAGUGAUCACCAAGGAAAACAACUUUAAGCAACCUGGGGAAAGAUAUCGCUCUUGGGCUCCUGACCGACAAGACCGUUUUAUCCGCAGAUGGGUUGAGGCACUGUCUGAUGCUAGGGUGACCCAUGAAAUACGCGGCAUAUGGAUUUCCUACUUGUCUCAGUGUGACAAGUCUCUUGGUCAGAAAAUUGCUUCUCGUCUUAAUGUUAAACCGAGCAUGUAAGGUGGGGAAGGGAACUUCUUUAUGAUCAAGAAUGAAUUUGAAGUAAUGAGCUGCAGUGGUGCACAGUUGAAAAUGUCGCUUCUCAAUAGCAGCAUUUUAAGUACAUCUUUGUUGAGCUACUACAGUUCUGGAAUAAUAUCCUGUAAUGUUGUCGUGUGCCAGAUACUUUUAUGACUAUUCUGUUAUAAUAAUGUAAUGAGACUUGCAUCUGACAUAUCCAUUGCGGAUGUAUCAUGUAUCGCAAUAUUAAAAUGUCAAUGUUCUUAGACUUUCGCAAUCUA